CCAGGUGAAAGAGGUUUUUCUUGAUUGAUGUGUUCCGGUCACAGGGAAUAAAACCAUCCUCAGAGGCAGGAGCAAGCAUUUGGUCAUGAUGGCGCUCUUUUUGUGUUGUGUGCUACUUUUGAGCUUGGCAGUGGUGAUGUCAGUAAAUGCAGACAUGAAACUGGACUGCAAGUCUGAUUUUGUGACGUUGGUGUGGACGGAGAGCGAAUCGGAGGCAGACACUUCCUUGUUCCGUCUGGGCAGCUGCUUGCCCACUAGCCUCACACCUACUCAGGCCGUUUUCAGCGUGAACCUCAAUGAUUGUGACUUCAGGAGAUUGGUUUCUGGGAAUCAACUGAUUUACACCAACGAUCUGAUCUACAUUUCCUCUCCUGAUUCUGUCAUACGUCCCUACGCUCACCCAGUAGUCUGUGCUUAUGAGAGACCCAAGGAUUGGUACCCUCUGAUUUAUGACCCGGAGUUUAAUACCUAUGGCCAAGAAGAUCUCGUGUUUAAUUUUGGAAUAAUGAACGCCGACUUCUCAGGCCCUGCUGAAUCCACCAGUUUUCCUCUGGGCUCCAUCAUUCCCAUCAUGGCUAGCGUGGAGCAGCAGUCUCAUCAGCCUCUCCUGCUGCUUCUUGAGGAAUGCGUCGCUUCCAGUACUCCCCAGCUGCUGCCUGAAAGCAACAUAUACCCCAUCAUCACCAAUAAGGGAUGUCUUGUAGAUAGUAAAGUGACACGGUCAAAAUUCGAACCGCGGCAAAGACCGUCAGAGAUCCAUCUGUCCCUUCAAGCCUUUAGGUUUGCUCAGCAAAAUGAAGUAUACAUCCACUGCAACCUUGUGGCUUGGGACCCCAAUGGUCUUGACAACACGAAGAAGGCCUGUCAAUAUGUCAAAGAUAAGGGCUGGGAGCUUCUGGACGACCCUGCUUAUAGUGGUUUGUGCAAUUGCUGUGACUCCAGCUGCGGAUCCAGGAAAACAAGGAGCGCAUCAUUAAGAACAGACAGAGUACAGAACGCUGUCCUCGGGCCACUUGCCAUCACUGAUUCCUGAAAUAUCAUCAGAUGAAGGAAUGGAUCCAUAAAAUGGUCUGGCUCCUUCAUCUGACUUGGGUUUUUAUUCUGGGUUAUGCAAGCUUCUGGGAGCUUAGUUGCCUGCUUGGCUUUGCAUUUCAGAUCUGUGGCCAUUAAAGAUUUAUCUGAAUCACUUUGAA